AUGCAUCUCAUCCUCACCGGCGCCACCGGCCUCGUCGGGUCCGCCGUGCUCGACGCCAUGAUCCAGACGACCGCCGUGACCAAGAUCUCAAUUCUCAGCCGGCGGCCCGUCCCCUUUGCCGACGCCGCGCAGAGCCCCAAGGUGCGCGUGAUCCUGCACCGCGACUUUGCGCGGUACGACGACGCGGCGCUGCUCGCGGCCCUCGGCGGCGCGCACGGCUGCGUGUGGGCGCUCGGCAUCAGCCAGAACAAGGUCGGCCGCGACGAGUACGUGCGCGUCACGCGGGACUAUGCGCUGGCCGCCGCCGCCGCCUUUGCCGGCCUCGGUGGCGGCGCCGCCGGCCCGUUUCGCUUCGUCUACGUCUCCGGCGAGGGCGCCACCCAGACCCCGGGCCUCUUCGCCCCCGCGUUUGCCCGCGUCAAGGGCGAGACCGAGCAGGGCCUGGCCGACCUCACCGUCGGCUCCCGCGGCGCGCUCCAGGCCGACGCCGUCCGCCCCGCCUUUGUCGACCCCGCGCAGCACGAUGCCAUCAGGCCGUACGUGCCUGAUGCUGGCGUGCUGUACCGCGCCACCGUCGGCGUGCUCGGGCCUGUCGUGCGCACUGCCAUGGCCGCCAGUCACUCGCCGACGGCGAUGCUCGGCAGCUUUUUGACGGAAAUGGCCAUGGGAAACAAGGACGAGGACUUGCAGGCCAACGGCGCCUUUCGCCUCGGCGCUUCAUGGAUCGUGCCGAAUGUGGCCAUUCGCAAGUCCAUGGGCUUGAAGUGA